GGGAGGGGGUGGGGCUGCUGCCUGAGGAGUUCGAACCCUAACUCCUGUCUCCAUUUGCAGCGGCGUCGGCCCGGCGGCGCUUCCCUCCCUCACGGCGCGGGGGCCUCAGGGAGGGGAGGAGAUGGAGAUGAAGAAGCGCAUUACGCUGGAGUUGAGGAAUCGGGCCCCAGAGAAGGUGACAGAGUUGGUGCUUGAUAACUGUCGAUCCAGCAAUGGUGAAAUUGAAGGCCUGAAUGAGUCAUUUAAAGAACUAGAGUUUCUCAGUAUGGCCAAUGUAGAACUAACAUCAUUGGCCCGACUCCCCACCUUAGCUAAGCUCCGAAAGUUGGAAUUGAGUGACAACAUCAUUUCAGGAGGAUUGGAAGUCCUGGCAGAAAAGUGUCCGAAUCUCACAUACCUAAAUCUAAGUGGCAACAAAAUCAAAGAUCUUAGCACUGUGGAAGCUCUUCAAAAUCUUAAAAAUUUGAAGAGUCUCGACUUAUUCAACUGUGAGAUCACAAACCUGGAAGAUUACAGAGAAAGCGUUUUUGAGCUGCUUCAUCAAAUCACAUAUCUAGAUGGAUUUGAUCAGGAAGAUAAUGAGGCACCUGACUCAGAAGAGGAGGAAGAUGAAGAAGGAGAUGAGGAUGACGAUGAAGAUGAGGAUGAAGCUGGUCCACCAGGAGAGUAUGAAGAGGAUGAUGAUGAAGAUGAUGGAGGUUCAGAUUUGGGAGAGGGUGAAGAAGAGGAGGAGGAAGUGGGUCUUUCAUAUCUGAUGAAAGAGGAAAUUCAGGAUGAAGAAGAUGAUGAUGACUAUGUUGAAGAAAAAGGUGAUGAGGAAGAAGCAGAGGGAGUCCAAGGGGAGAAGAGGAAACGAGAUCCUGAAGAUGAGGGCGAGGAAGAUGAUGAUUAAGUCACUAUAGAAUCAAAUAGGACCAGACUCUUAAGUUACAGAAUACGCAAUAGUGAUCAUGCAGAUCUGUAUGUCUCCAUGUACCAUAGAUGUCCUUACAGAAGAUAACAUGUUCACUUUUUAUAGGAAAGGUGUGGUUUUACUAUUUUUGCCCCUUUUAUCAUUCCAAAUAAGAUGUAAUAGCCUGGUAGUGAACAUAUGUAGAAAAACCAGUUUCAACCCUAUAAUCACUGAACCCAUUGUCAAGCUUUCUCCUAAAAUUUUAUUUGGACUUCUUUUGUUUUAUACAAGUUUGCUGUGUUUGUCAUUAUUAGUCCACAAUUAAAAAAGAUAGACUUUUACAUGGGUUUAGUAUGACUAAUUUCAUUUAAGAUUUUAAAGUUACAUAUAAAUUAAAAUCAAAGAUGCUGUAAAGUGAUAAAGUCAAGUCUAUUUCAAGUGAAAAGUUGGUUAUAUCCAAUUGAUCUGACACGUGCAACUUGGAAUCAACUUGAUUAUUUUCACUUUUUUAAAAAAAGUAAUCUGUGAAUUAUUUGGGGGGAAGAUAAGCUUAUGCCCUCUUUUAUUAUGUUGGUAUUUAGGAGGAAGGUUUAAGUUUUAAGGCCUAGUUUCCAUGUUUAUUCUGAACAUCAACUGUGUGCUUGGAGGACUUGCUGGAUAUGUCUGAAGAUGUGUAUUAGCUCUCAUGCUUUAAUUGAAUUGGUGGAGAUGUGGCAUCCUUCUUUCUCCAAAAUGUUUAGUCGCUGAAUUAAAAAAGAUAUUUCAGACAAACUGAAAAACAAUCCAAAGUUUUAAACAGGCUAACCAAAACUCCCUUUCCCUCUUAUUUGCUCAACUUUCACUCACCUGGCUCUUGUUAUAUUGUCAUGUAUUAGUUCCCCAAUGAUCAUAAUCUUUGAGGUGAGACAGGACCUGCAUUUCUAAUGCAAAAACAAGCAGGUAUCCCCAUCAAACACACUUCUAAAUUUUAAGGAAAAAGCCUUUAUACAUUUUAUAAAGCAAAAAAUGAGUGUGAGCUCAGUUCUCUCAUCUUUGCAGGUGACUUUUUGAAUUUUUGUAUCUGGUUGUAGCUAGAUCAUUAAAGGCCCUAUUUCAGCAGUAAAUAGUUCUUAUCUUUCUAUCUUGAAAAUCUGUAGGAAUGUGUUCUACCACAUGUAUUCGGCUGCAAGUGCAGGAGACGUGCAAACCAGUCUUUUCUCUGGCAGACUGUUAAUUGUGAUUGGCAGAUUUUAAUAAAUUCUGACCUAACAGACAUUCUCACUUUCCAUUUGAGCCAAUGCAAAAUAUAAAUUCAGACACACAGUGCUCCUCUUUUUGCAGUUGUAAUUUAGAUUUCAAACAAGGUAUCUCAGUGCAACACUAACAUUGUUUCAGAUCCUCAACCAAAUAUCUCACACAGUUUUAUUCAAGAUACUCUAUUUUUUUAUUAUAUAUCUUUCUUGGCUGACAGUAAUUGUUUAAACUGGGGAAAGAUAUCAGGGGUAUUUCCUGGACUUGUAUAGUGGGGUCACCCAUAUAUCACAGUUACUUGUAAAUAUUUAAUAAGGCAUUUCACACGCCAGCAAACUUUAAGGCCAUGUCUACACUGUGAGUAAAGGGUGUGAUUUCCAGCUUGUAUACGCAUACCUGUGUUAGCGAUCAUUGAGACAGCAUGACUUUGAAUAGUAUUUUAAGCGUGGCUCAGCUGUGCUGAGUAUGUACCCAUAGGGCUAAAUGAGUUUGUACUCAGCCUUGCUAAACCAUACUGUUAACUCCCUGUGCUACCAUGGCUGAAUUACUGAGAAUCACACUCCUAGCUUGCAUAGGCAGAGCCUAAAUGUGAUACAUGAUUCCUAAAUCAAGUUUAAGACAAACCGCAUGAGAAAAGAAGUCCACAAAGCCCAAUUUCUUGUUUUUUCCCUCAAUAGAGCCUUAAAUCAUAGUCCAUGUGGUUGUAAAGCAUAACCAACUUUUAAAAGCAUUUGAAUGGAAUUUAUAAGUCAGUUGGCAAAAGAUCUGGAAAAAAAUUAAAUGGGUUAACAUUUUAAAUAGAGAUCUGUAAAGAUACUAGAAAAAGUAUCUUUAAAUGGAUAUCUGUAAAGAUACUUGGCAAAACAACAUUUGCAACCACAAUCUAUGUUCCCAUGUUUGCUGUAUGAAUAUUAAACGAAUUUUAAAAAAUUAGUUAAAUGCACACCCUUUUCGUCAUGGAGGCUCUGUGUUCAAAGCAGUUGCUUUGUAUUUAUCUUUACUAUCUCAAAGUUUUCCCCAUGUUUGUCUUUGAAUGUUAACUUUUUUAGUCGAAGCAAAUGCUAAAAUCUUCCUAUUUACAAAUAUGUACUUAAAAACCUCUCAAUAUAAAGACUAUAUUUAACUGUCUUGUACUGAGGCAUACACAAAUUGUAUGAAAUACAGAGUUAAACUGAAAUUAAAUUAUUUAAUGAGAUUUUUGUUGGAAAUUAGUGAAGCUAUCAACAGUCUUGUUUCAAUCAACAAGUCGGCAUUAAAUCAUCCAAUGUUAUAAAGGUUAAACUAUUUUUAAUUGUCCAAAGACAAUUAAAGACAUAAAACAUGCAGGUUAAAUUUUUUUUCAAACAAUUUACAAUGUAGUGCAUCAGCUGCUGGUGACAAGAGUCAGAGCCUCACAUGCAACUCUGACUUUCUAAGUAACUUUGUCUUUUCCACAGUGUUACCAUUUUAAAUAUAGUUCCACAUUUGCCAGUCACCUUGACAUGUAAACAAGAUAGCAUAGCUUUUUUUUUUAAGUUAACACAUAGAGACAUAGAGCCUCCAGAUAAUUUUUGAAACUUUUUUGCUUGGUGGGUGGUCUCUUCAUGCAAAUAUGUAGGGGUGGGUUUUAUAUUUUGUAGAGGUUUUUGUCCUAUUUUAAUGCUCUUUGUAUGGCAGUAUGUAUAUAGUGUGUUCAGUUCCUUAUCAAACCCCUUCCUUAAAAACUUUGAAGUACUGAUUUUGUGCAACUGUGUUUUGAAUAAAGCCAUGACAGUGUUAAAUAAAACAAAACAAAAAAAUCCUGCAGCA